AUGACAUUAAUUUCACCGUCGCCUGUUGUAGUAUGGUGUAAGGCCUAUCGAUAUCAAAUUGGUAGACAACAUGACAUUGGAAUGAUCGGAAAUGGAGAAACAGUUGGAGAUGGAGGUCGAUUAGUUGAAAUUAGGAAUUUUGAAAAUGCUAGAGUUGGAGGCAUGGGGAAUCGAACCCCAGACCUCUCCGAUGCGAACGGAGCGCUCUACCCCUGA